ACGACUGUGAAUGGCAGCACGUUGGUGGAGUGAGAUGACCUCAAACCCAGUCAUUUAGUUUCAGGCAGGCAGGCACCUGAAGGCAACACGUUGCCCUGUGGGGUUACGAUGGAUUUUUUAUUCCCCAAAUGCACUUCGUUUAGAGGCAGCUUGCAUCUUCUCAUCCUUGUUCUGAUGUUUGCCUCUGGCUCUACGUCCUUCUCAUAUAUUCAAGCUAGUGGAGAAAACUGCAAAGCAAAGGACAUUUCUGCCGAUUAUGAGCACUGUAGGAUUCACCCAGACGGAGUCCACAACUUAGACUGUUAUCGCAAAUAUAAUUCAAAAGGUUUAAAAGAUUGUACUUGGGAACCUGGAAUCAACGCCACAGAGAAGAAAUACACAGUAAUAACUCAAUUCAAAAACCGAUGCAAGAUUUACAGGAACAUCACUGGAUUCUAUCAACAAAUCCCUCUGUUCUCUACGAAUGGGAACCUGUCUGUGAAAGUCUUUGAAAACACGGAGACAACAAAGUGCACACAAGCUAUUUUUCAGGGUUCGCCGGUGGACCUCCUGCGUUGUGGUCCUCCAAAUAAUGUAUCCUUCCAUCGCCCCUCUGGAGGGCUGCAUGUGAACGUGAGUUGGCCAAAGGAAGACGAGAGGUACAUCACCAGCUUCUCUGUGAGAUAUAAAGUUCUGGGAAGCUCUUCUUGGAAUGAGGCACAGAUAUCCUCUCAAAGUGGGAACAGAGUGGAGAACCUGACCUCCUCACUGGUUUACAAUGUUCAGGUGCGAUGUGUCACAAGCCGUUCGUGCCCUCAGUGCCCGUGGAGCAAAGUUUACACCGUCCCCUCAGCUCUCACCGUGCAGCCCGCCAUUGUCCACUUCCAGUAUGAUGACAUUCCACAGAAAAGAGGGUGCCGGAUGGUUUUUAUAACCUGGAAGUUUUCUGCAAAAGGGAUGUACGACGGCUUCACUGUGAGCGUGGGGAAGGUGUCUGGAGAGCCCCCGUUAGAGCACAUCAACACCUCUGAGCCUGAAAUCCGACUGAUUCUCUCCUAUUCAGCUUAUCGGCUCAACAUCCGUGCUUACAACAACGUGAGCAUCUCUCCAGCCGCCAGCCAUACAGUGCUACAGCGGCAGGACACGGCAGAUGUGGGCAAUGGAAGGCUGAAUGUGACAGUCCACAAUAAUUCAUCGUUUACCAUCCAUUGGAAAGAUGACAUGUCCAAAAAGUAUGUCUGCUAUUCAGUGGAGUGGUGGAAAAAUGGGCACCCUGCAUUGUACAGGUCUUUUUAUCAGGACACCAAAUACUACAGGACUUUAUCUUCUUUACCAGAACCUUUGGAGCCCUACAAAAGAUACAGCAUUGCUUUCCUCACUCGGCCAAACAAGCAGACCUGCAACAUGAAGCACGUCAACAACAGUGAGAGCACAUAUGGGACCACUCAGUUCUAUCUCACUGAAGGAUCUCCAGUCGGCGCGCCCUCAAACGUCAGCAGCCUGAACGUGAGCGCUCACUCUGUGGUUCUGAUGUGGUCGUCCAUCCCAGAGGAGGAACUCCGAGGGUUCCUGCUUGGUUACAUAAUCCACUACACUGAAUACAGCCACAGGUGGACCAGCGUGGAUCACAAUACAACGGUGGAUCCAGCUUUUAACAGCUUUGAACUGGAAGGCCUGAAAAGUGGUCAAGCGUAUCAAGUCCAGAUGUCCGCUUUCACCUCUGCAGGAGCGGGAGUGAGAAGUGCCCCGGUCUUCUUCAAAACAGACACCAAAGGACAUUCUAAUCCCAAGGAUUUCUAUUUGGCAUUUGGAGUUGUGGUUAUUGUGCUGAUAAUCGGCUCUCCAUUUAUCAAAAGGGUGAGCACCGUCCUGUGGCCAAGCGUUCCCGACCCGGCCAGCAGCAGCGCUGUGCAGAAGAUAGACCGGCCCGGCCUGCUGGAACUCCUGGAGUCUGCUGCCAAUUUAAGCAAUGAAGACUGGGACACAAAAAGUCUUCAGAUUAUUGAAAAAGAAGUUGUGACUCCCACGGCAACGUCACCAUCCGUGGCAUCGAUGCUGCCUCUUAUCAGCGCCACCGAGGAUGAGGGAGAUUCUUCCGAGAUGACUUGGGACUGGACCCACGGGGACAGAGCCAGCGAAAGCAGGGAUCUCCCACCUGAAGCUUCCGCAAACACAUUCCUGGACGCGCACAGGACGGCACCCCCCAGCUCUCACGUUGUACUCCCAAGUGACUACACCACGAUGGAAAUGUUCCAGCAGCUGAUACCGGCGGAUCCCGUCGUCCCUCCGGCCACGGGCGGAAAACCAGAGGAGUUCCCUCUGGUACGGCUGGGCUCAAACUAUGUGCGGCAAUUCAGCACGAGUCCAACCUCGGACAGCGAGAUGUCCACCAUUUUAUGA